AUGAACGACUCAUGGCUAACUUCAUCUACCUCACCGCAAGUUAGGUAAUUAUUUUGGAGGGGCUCAAGAGUGGCCGACCUCAGAGCAUCUCAACUCAACAACAGACCCAAAUCUCACCUAGUCUGUCAAUAGCGCAUUCCUGCUUCAAGGGCAAGGCCUGGUGCAGCUUCCAGUGUCCUUCUUCGACCGCCAGUCAUAUUCUUGGACGUAUUUGUUGCAUAAGACCAGACCAUCAUUCAAACGCUAGGCUAAGGACUACAAAAAAUCAACUUUUUCUCAAACUCAUAAUCCCUCUAGAAACCCAACUCGUGCUACUACGGCCUUAACAACCGACGAGCUUCAACCUACGACUGCGAUCCGGUGUGGCAGAUAUGCAAACCAAACGCUUCAAAAGGAGGACAAACUGUGUACUGCAUGCAGCACGGUGAGAGCUCGUCUUGCACCGGCGACGCAGAGACGGACCAUAAGAACAUCUGACCGUUGACAGCCUCUCCAAAUUGCAUUUACCAGACCAUUACAUUGGGGCGUCAGGCUCCGAGAUGUGCUUUACCUUCCCUCACAGCGGCAUCACUUAUAGCGCUGUUUGUCAUGUUAGUGCAGCCGCUCAGGACGUUUAAGUCAAGACUUUAGUCAGACAUUGGGGGCCACUGCGUUACAGAUUUUGCGGUGGAGAUUAAGCUGACCGUCGGAUAAGCCGGGUUUGCACUGGCUUUCUCCACUGAAACUAACGCAGGAGUAGUCCAAAAAGCCAGUGACGAAUACAAGCGCUGCUUUGGUCGGGAAGAUCAUUCGAUUUGGAUUGCGGAUAUGGUCCAAGGGAAAUCUCCUGGAAGUUUCCGAUCGCUCGAGCUUAUGCUCAUUUUCUAAAUUCGCUUAUCCGAUUACGUCUUCGACAAAAAAUAUACGAUGGGCUUGGAGCAAAAUUUGUUAAGUGCGGUCCCCUUAUCCAUCGCAUAAGGUAGUCCGGUUUUAAGCUGCACAGAUCUGAAAACGAACUUGCCCAGAAUGCCUUUUUGUCCACAUAUUGACGCUGUAUGGUUGUUAGCUGUAAGAAACGGCGACGACUACCUUGGGUGACCCUGAGAUGUUCAAUCAGUAAGCUGAUGUGUCAGCCUGUUUAAUUUCGCCCGCAGGCCCUCCGUCAACUGACCUCAAUGAAGGCGAUCGUUCGCGAUUCCGAGAAUCUGUGCCACGAACCCGAGCACCAACAAAAGUGCAGGAGUCACAUGACCACAUAAGUAUGUCCAGUGGUGGGGCACUCUCGCGGCGCUGCGAGUUAGUUAAGCACGCCGUUGCCGAAAGUCCUCGCUGGCCUCCUUGUCCAUAGGCGUCAGCGCUUACAGUCGAUCAACCAAGGACCUCUUUACACCCGAAGGCUAAACGAGUAUUGCGAUCUUGACACGCGUCUGGGCCUCCACUUCCACCCGGGCCAAAAGACGCGGUGAUUUUCUGCGGGCAUCGGAUUAUAAUAGUGGAGCCCAGCGGAGCAUCAACUUCAACCUCUAUUCUGGCACAAACUGCACUCCAAUAACAAGACAGGGUUACUACUACUACUACUACUACUACUACUACUACUACUACUACUACUACUACUACUACUACUACUACUACUACUACUACUACUACUACUACUACUACUACUACUACUACUACUACUACUACCACUACUACUACUACUACUACUACUACUACUGCGGUAAUAGCAUACUACUACUACUACUACUACUACUACUACUACUACUACUACUAAUACUACUGCUACUGCUACCAAAGCCACCACUACUAUUACUACUGCUGCCGCUACUACUACCAUUACUCCUACUAAUAAUAAAAGCACUACCGCCACUACCACUGCUACUACUACCACCACUACCACUACUACUAAUAGUAAUAGUAACAACACUGCCACCGCUACUACCACUGCUACUACUAAUCCUACCAAUAAUAAUACUAGUACUACUACUACUACCACCACCCACUACUACUACUACUACUACUACUACUACUACUACUACUACUACUACUACUACUACUACUACUACUACUACUACUACUAA